ACGGCACUUAUAUCCGAAGUCCCCAACAGUAAGAACGAGCCCCAACGAGCACAGCGAUAUUAAUUUAUUGAGGUUAAAUCAUGGGUAUCUUCCUCUCCUGCUGCGGCCAGAGUGCCGAGGAAACAAACCUCAUGCCAUCGCAGGAGGAGCGAAGGCAGCAGCAGUUGGAGGCAGCGGAAAAGCGUCGCCAGGAAAACGAGUCCAGAGGCAUUAAAAAUGUAGAGAGUGUCCGACGACAGCAGCAAAGGGCGGAGGAUCUGGAACGCCGCGAGGAGGAGGCCGCCCGACAGGGUCAAGGUCAGGCAAACCUGAGAUGGCAGACGAGCUAAAAGAGAAUCGGAAAUUGCCAUUAAUAUGCUGUGGUGGUUGCUUGGAAAGCAUCUACCACCUCCUGAUAAUUGUCAAGGACAUGGCAUUUUAUAUUUAUCCGUAUUUAUACUGUGCUGUAUAUAUACACUUUGUUUUAGAUCUUUGAUCUUGUCUACUGUUUGUAAAUUCCACCUCAUAGCACUCUCAGAGUUUUCUAGCAAACGCGACGUCUGUGAAUCGAAAUUUUCUACCAAAUAAAAGACCAAAUUGCUAUCAGUGAUGAAGACCUUAAAGAUAAUAUUACUUGAUCUAGUUGGAAGGGUUAUCCUCUAAUAUCCUCCAUAUUUUAAUGUGUGUCAUUCCUUUUAUUGUUACUAACAAAUAAUAUUUAAAAUCGGAAAUAAACAAUCACAGUUGAAACAUUUC